AUGAAGGCUCUUUUGUUGCUCCACACACUGCUCCUCGUUUCCUUUGCUGAACUGAGUACCUUAACCGUUGAUGAUGAGCUUGUAAUUUUGGAUGGCAAUCUUUCAGCUGGUAACAGUGAAGAUAAUUGUGUCGUGAAUGACCCGUCUUUUGGAAUAAAAGAAGAAGAAGUUGUCGAAGAGCAAGAACCACCACCUGUUUCAGGUCAUUUCAAUCCAUUUCAAAAAGAAAGUUUGAUGGACUAUCCUUUUGAAGAGCGUCUUGUAUUACGACCCUUACCACGCAACUUUCUAUUAGCUUCGUUCCAAUUCAAUAUUACUUCUGAUGAGCUAUCGAUCGAUAAAGGGGCCUCUCAUUUCAAUUCGUAUGCUCAUAAUACGGUCUUUCCGAGAUCAAUCAGUCCCAUCCUCGAGCACACAAACACGAGGCAACUGCAUCUUCGAUUCACCCAUGGUCUCUGGGAUGCUGAGUCCUGGGGACAGUUACCUCACAACGGUUCAAAAUCUGGAGGUACCGGUGUCGAAAUUUGGGCUGUACUUGAAUCUGAUUCUAAGCAAGCAGCGUUUGCACAAUGGAUAUCACUAGCGAACUCUCUGAGCGGCCUCUUCUGCACCUCUAUAAACUUCAUUGGAAGUGAUAAAACUAGCUAUCCAGUUUUCUCCUUUCAGCCAAGUGGUGAAAACUCUCUUCCUCUAUUUAAUGAGAAUAGUAAGCUAUAUUUGGUACGGGCGGCGUUAGCGAAUGAACCAAUCUGUACGGAAAAUCUUACGCCGUUUUUAAAGCUGUUACCUACGAAGGGUAAAUCUGGCGUAGCUUCUUUACUUGAUGGUCAUAAAGUUUUUGAUUCUCAUUGGCAUAGUCUUUCGAUAGAUAUCGAAACUCGCUGUGAUGAUACUAGUUGUAAGUAUCAUAUGGAGGAAUUCGUGGAAAUGGUUGUACACGUUCCCAACGCCUUAGAUCGCGCUGAAAAACCCAUUCCUAAGCCCGUGGAGGAACACGAGUUACGCUGUGACGAGAGUAAGCCUCACGAUGUCUUUGAAUGUUUCCCACUACCAGAAAGCACCGACAGAGAAUUUGAGCUUUCGAAGCUUUUUGGUCGCUACAUACUGGGAACAAAUUUAGUAUCAAGAAGUCCAUCCCGGGUGUGUGCCGAAGUUGGUCCUAAUUGGAGCGCGCUGGUUAAGGUUGGAAACACAUACUUCUCGACUGAUGAUAAUUGCUUCGAAAUUAAAGGAGACGAGCUUCACGACUUAUAUUUGCAGACAUCCGACACUGCUCAAGUUGCUUCAUCAGAAGACGUUCCAAUAUAUGUGAGUAGAUCACUUACCGGUUACGGUCAAGACGGAGGUGGUCUACGCACAGUUUUCAAAAAUCCUUCCAAUGAAACAGUGAGUCUUGUUUAUUUCGAAUCACUUCCUUGGUUUAUGAGGCUGUACCUUUCCUCUUUAAAAAUUGAAAGUGAAGAUGGUUUACAAUUAGACGAUGUGAUUACAAAUACUUUCUAUUUACCAGCAAUUGACCGUCAAAGACCUACACACUUGGAAUACAACUUGAAGGUUCCCCCAAACAGCACAUUUGCAUUGUCUUAUCAGUUUGACAAGGCCCUCCUAAAAUACGCAGAGUACCCUCCGGAUGCAAAUCAUGGUUUCGAUAUUGAAUCAGCUGUAGUAACGGUAUUAAGUCCACUUAAAUACGAAAUGAGAACAGCAACUCUGCUCCUGUCCCUAUCUACACCUGACUUCAGUAUGCCAUAUAAUGUCAUUAUUUUGACCUCGACUAUUAUGGGACUAGCAUUUGGCACUAUUUUUAAUUUGAUGGUUAAAAAGCUUGUUACGGUUGAAGAGGCAGACAAAUCCAACGGAUCAGUUGGAAGUAGAAUUAUUUUUAAAUUCAGAGAAAGAAUCAAGGCUAUUUUCAAAAAGAAAGUUCCUUUGUUUGACGAAUCAAAGAAGAAUCAAUGA